GGGGGGACAAGAGAAGAACCAGAAAACAGAAGAAGCCAGACCGCUCCUCUGCCGCGACGUCCGUCCGUCCAGUCAGCGGGAAGAGAAGAGCCACCAUGUCCCGGAGGAAGCAGAGCAAGCCCCGGCAGAUAAAGCGUUCCCUUGGGGAUCUUGGUGGGGACGAGGAAAACACGCCAGACAACCUCAGCCUAUCAGGAGAGGAGGGAGCAGCUUCGGACCCAGAUGAUUCAGCAGAAGGGGACAGCUCCAGCCCCCCGCCAUGCAUGUACAACGAAGAGCCCAGGAAAAAGGACUCUCGAGGAGGCCCCGACGAUAAAGACGAGGAUUCAGAGGAGCAAGGUCCCACACACAGUGGCGGGGAGGAGGAAGAGGAAGGAGAGGAAGAGGAGGAGGUGUUACAGUGGAAUGGUCCAGAUGACCUGGAGUUAAGUGAAGAAGGCGGUGACAGCAGGGUGGUGGCUUGCAGGAACCUCCAUCCAGACACAAUGUGGGGCCCCUACCCAGGAAUCCUCCAAUCAGAAGGCAGCGCAGAUGAUCAAGAGACAGAGACGUCUAGGUUGACUCUGAUGUGCGAAGAUCUGGACUGCUGGAUCGGUCUGCUCCCUCUGACCUCGGACGUCUCAGCUGCCAACUGUACCAUAUACAGCAAAGGUGAGGAGUUGUUCUGUAAAGUGACCAGAGAACUUGGGGCUGGUGACAGGCUCCUGGCUUCCCUGUUACCUCCUCCAGGAUCCUCCUCCUCCCCCCAUCUCUCUCCUCCACUCAGCUUUGUCACCCAGAAACAAGCUGUGGUGAAGGAGGAGUUACUGUACCCGCCGGCACUGCGCUCAGAAAUCCAGCUCCUCCCACAGCAAGCUGGCAUGGCCGCCAUCUUGGCUACUGCUGUGGUCAAUAAGGACAUUUUCCCAUGCAAGGACUGUGGAAUCUGGUACCGAAGUGAGAGGAACCUGCAGGCGCACCUUAUGUACUACUGCGCUAGCCGUCAGAAGCAGCCAGCCGCAGCCUCGUCUCCACCACAAGACAAGCCCAAGGAGUCUUAUCCCAAUGAACGCAUCUGCCCCUUUCCACAGUGCAACAAGAGCUGCCCUAGUGCCAGCUCACUAGAGAUCCACAUGCGCACCCACAGUGGUGAACGUCCAUUUGUCUGUCUCAUCUGUCUGUCAGCCUUUACUACAAAAGCAAACUGUGAGCGCCACCUUAAGGUCCACACGGACACUCUAAACGGGGUGUGUCAUGGCUGCGGCUUUGUCUCCACCACAAGGGACAUCCUCUACAGCCAUCUGGUCACCAGCCACAUGGUUUGCCAGCCUGGAUCUCACAGUGAGGUCUACUCCCCUGGGCCAGGACUUCCAAAGCUGCCCCUUUCAACUGGUCUCAGUCCAGGAGACUCGGGUGUGGUGCUGAAGUGUCAAGUGUGUGGUCACAACUCUGACUCCCCUGCCCAGCUUCAGCAGCAUGUGCGAACUCAUCUAGAGGUUAGGGUCCCAGCUGAAAGGAGUCCCACCCCUCGCCAAAGUACACCAUCAUCAGUUGACCACCCCCAGUUACAGCUGUCUCCCCAGGAAAGGGAGCCCCUAGCCUGUGUCCCUUUGCCAGUCUCAUCCAGCCCCGGUGCAAAUGGCGGCUCAGCCACACCUCGAGACUGCAGUCCUCUUAAUGUCACAACCACUGACCUAAAGAUCAAAGAGGAGCCUCAUUCAGACUCAGAGACUGAAGAGGAGCAAAUGGAGUUAAAGGAGGAUGGGGAGGUAGAGGAGCUUUGUGAAGAGGAGGGAGAUCAAGAAGCAAAAAGGAAGACAAAGGAGGAGCAAAUUACCACAUCGUCCAGUCAGACAUUAACCUCUCCAAAGAGUCCGGCCACCGCAUCUGUGAAGCCAGAACCUACUAGUCCCACCCCUGGUUCUAGCCCUGCACAUUUGGGAUGUACAGGGUCAGUUCUUCCUGGAGGAGCAAUGUUCUUGCCUCAGUACAUGUUUAAUCCUGAGGCAGCCAUUUUGCCUCAGGCCUCGGAGAUACUGGCUAAAAUGUCAGAGAUGGUCCAUAGCCGUCUGAAACAGGGUCAGGCAGUUCCUCAGAACAACCCUGCAGCCUUCUUCCCAUCUGGACCGACUGCACCUACAUCCACAGCCACUCCCCCUCAUAAAGGAGCCACCUGCUUUGAGUGUGAUAUCACCUUCAACAACAUUAACAACUUCUAUGCACAUAAGAGGCUGUACUGCUCCAGUAGACACCAUGGAGAGAGUGCCACCUCAGCUUCAGGCCCUGGACCAACAAGGGAUGCAGCCCCAGCCACAAUGCCUUCCAUUGGGGCACAUGGCUUGUCUGCAUCUCCUCAGGGUGGAGCAGCAAGUAGAGCAGCCUCUGCUUCUCCUACUGACUCGGAACCCUCUGCAGGAAGUGGAGUAACAGAAUCCAGGAAGAUAGUGGAGGUGAAGACUGAAAACCUUGUGGUGAGAGAGGCCAUAUCGUCCUCUUCUGAAGGGGAAGGUGGAGGUGGAAGUGUAGGAGGAGGAGGUGGAGGUGGAGGAGGAAGAGCAAGUGAAGGUAGCCAAAGUCCUGCUAGUGGAUCUGCAGAGGACCAAGAAGACGAUCCCAAUAGAACCUUCUGCGUGGCCUGCAACAUUCGCUUCAGUCGUCAUGAAAACUACACUGUUCACAAACGCUUCUACUGCGCGUCACGCCAUGACCCAUCCAACCAUCGAGCUGUACACAUGGCCAAGGCAACCACCACAGCAACCUUCCUUCCCCAGCCCAUCCGCACACGCAAGAGGAAGAAGAUGUAUGAGAUUCACAUGGCCAGAACUGAAGCCUUAGCCAAUGCCGCAGCUGCUGCUGCUGCAGCCACUGCUGCUGCUUCUGCGCCAUCCCCUUCUGUUUUGGGCUUGGCAGUGAAGCAAGAAGUUUCUCCCAGCGGGGUCGCCAGCUCCAGCUCUGAAGGAGAUGGCCCAAUUGACCUCAGCAAGAGACCCCGUCUGAGAGAGGUUACACGGCACAGUAGUAGCAGUAGCAGUAUUCUCCCUGCCCUGCCUCUUACUGACUACCACAAGUGCACCGCUUGCAGUAUCAGCUUCAACAGCAUUGAGAACUACCUGGCUCAUAAAACCUACUAUUGCCCUGCCACCACCCUCCAGCCCCACACCUUGGAGCAGCUUCAUAAGCUCAAGAGAUCAGCCUCCACCUCUCCCAAAAGCAAGCCUCAGCAGGAGCGGCCCGAGCUUUUGCACCCUAUGGAGGCUAAAGCUCUACCGGCCGAGUGGGUAACUCAGGCUCAAGGCACAUCAUCCAGUUCUCCCCCUUCUGCCUUACCAGCCUCUCAUUCCACAUCUUGUCCAAAUACAACCCCCACACUUGCAGUCAGCCCAGUAGCUGGGGCCAAAGGUGUAUGCGCUGGUUCCUCUCAGGUGGUCUGCCCAUACUGCCCUAACAGGCUCAUCACCAGUGACCUGAUGGAGCACUUCAAGACUACCCACGGUCUGGUUGUGACCAUUCAGCCACCCCAGCCAGGCAUUGCAGUCAGUCGCAGCCCCAGCCUUAGUCCCAGCGAUGGACCUGCUGCAAAAGCCUCCAACACCCCAACCAGCCAGCCCAGACUGGUCUCUCGUGUUCACAGAGACCCCAUCAACGGGCAAACAAGGAGUGAUACAACUUCUCCUGUCUCCCCACCGGUCAACGGCAGCCCUUCAGGUGGGGUUGGGUCACCUUCGGUCUGUUCACCUCUGCCGUUGUCUCCCUCAAGGGCUCCCUCUCUGACUUUAUCACCUGUGCCUGAGGUCCUGAAGGAGGCGGUGGGUUCCUCCCAUCUUCCAGACAAGGCUGUCCCGAUCAUAGCCUCCACGCCCCAGCCUGCCCCAAUCGGCAGCCCUAAAACCACAGUAAUCUCCCCUGUCCUGAACGGUAACUCCCGCUUCUGUCGCCUCUGCAACAUCAAGUUCAGCAGCCUCUCCACAUUCAUUGCUCAUAAAAAAUACUACUGCUCCUCCCACAGUGCCGAACAUGUCAAGUGAGCUGAGCAUUUCACUUUUUCAUCUGUUUCUGAGUGGAGGCUUUUUGUCGCCAAAAUGGCGCUCAGCUGGCAUGGCCAUGAAUGACAAUGAAUGACUGUUACUCACCUGGCAGGGCCUGAUGCCCAACUGCUCCAGAGCAGAAUUUGCAGGUGGUGUUACUAACAUACGUUAACUCAUGUUUCUUCUCUAAUGGGUCAAAGUUUGCAGUACACUAAGAGCUGAGACAGAUGCUACCUACACACACUUGUGUGCCCUUGUUCCCUAGAUCACUAUCUGGCUUCCUUAUCCCAGUCCCCAAUUCAACUUCAUCUACCACUCCCAGGACUCCCAAUAUGUUGCAUCAUGAGGGCAUUAAAACAUUUCUGUCUCUUUUGUGUCAUUGUACAACUGUCAGUACCUAGAUUCUGACUGUUGGAGGCAUUUUGGACUGCUGAUAAUACAGGCUGAUGAGGAUGAUGAUGAGGAUGAUGAUGAGGAUUAUUAUGAUGAAUCUCCAGUCUUCUCCUGAGCUCUUAAUGUUCCAGACCCAAACGGAGGAAUCGUUUCUCUUGUGUGGAAAAGACUUGAUCAUUGUUAAUGUUUUUAUUAUCUGUGCAUAGUGUAUGAUGUCUGAAAAAAAGAAUUCUAUAAUGCUUUUGGUUUCAACACUGGCUCUUUUUUGCUUACUAGAGAAGCUAAAGCGUUUUUUUAGCUGAAAAACAAAUAUGUGGUAUCAAUGUUACUAAUUACUGAAGGAUAAUAUUUCAAAAUGGACAUUUUUUUUCUUCUUUUCUUUCAUAUACACAAAUUUGUAUUUUUUCUUUAAAAUGCAAGGGAGAAAAAAAUGUGAAAUAUUUAUCGUUUAGUCCUCACUGAUUUCAUGUCAACAGAAAACUACCUACCUGGUGUCUGAGAGUACUUGUGUUUUUUAUUUGUAUAUUUUUCAUACUGAUGGAAGGAACUGGGUGUGUUGAAGUGUAUUUUCUAAGUGUAGAUAUAUAAUAUCUUCUUACAGUAAUCACUGAGAUCCCACUGAACUUUAUUACAUUUGCAUUUUGUGAUACAUUGUGUCACAAUUGGUUUAUCUCUUUAUGUAGUCUUUAAUUGAUGGUGAGGUCUGAAAAACCAGCAAUGUUCAUUUUUAUCCCCCCUUGUACCUUGCUGAUGAGCAACAUAAUUAGGUUAGAACAGUUUCCUCACUAACAGCUUUUCACAUGAGAACGUUAAAUGUUAAAUAAAUGUUAUAUUUUUUUGAGAACAUUGUAGCCUUUACAUUUUAGGUUACAAAAUCCAAAUCUUGCUUUAUCCGCCUCCAUGCAAUGCAAAGUAUGACCAUCACGGACACUCCGCUUAACAUUAUUUGUUGCACACUGCCAUUUCAUACAUAUACUAAGGAAUACAACAACAGAAAAAUGCUUUGGUGUCUAAUACACAUCUUAAAGAUGUUCUUUUUCUUUUAAAUUAUUGUGUUUCUGUCCGGCAAUGAAGGGAUAGCUAGGAAUAGUCACAUCUUAGUACCACACCUCACACAGUAGAUAGAGUAAGCAUGUAUGUAAUACCCACUUGAUGUGUGUAAGAGAGAGACUAUGCUUUUCCGCUCUUACGUUAUUGCUCUCUCACUCAUGCACACAUAGGCGGACGCUAUGUUCCCAUGCUGCUGUUGCAGUUGCAAUUCAGUGUUAGUUAGAACUGUGAAAUGCUUUUUUUUCAAUUAAUCAUUAUUAUUUUUAUUAUUAUUAUUAUUAUUAUUAAUAUAAUGCAACGUUACAAAUGUACAGUAAGUCGUUUGGGGCCCUGACUUCAUUUUAGUUGAAUCUGCCAAUAGCCAAGAUUGCAUUCAGAUGCUGAAUUUGUAACAAAUGUAGUUGUUUUCCUCCCCCAAAUUCUAAGAAACGGAACAAGCUGUAAACAUAACAUUGACAUAUCAGCAUAUUAAAGUGUUAUAGUGACUGUGGCAAUGUGAGCUCCUCAUUCAUUGAUCGUUCACCCCAUCU